GAGAGUGCAUUGCUCAUCCUUUCAGUUUUGUCAGUGUAAGGGAAUGCUGGACAUCAGACAACAAGGGAUUCUGCAGGCUGAACUGCUCAGCUGCUUCUGAAUCCCGCGACUUUCAUCUCUUCUGUUUGGAAUAUACAGAUGUCAGAAGCCAAGACAGACAAGGUACAGAUCAAAUCUACUGAAAGUUUUGAAAAUGACAAGCAAAAUAUUUCUUGGUUGAAUGAAGAAUUGGGCAGUCCUAUCUUACAGGCUCUCGGAGACUCAGAUAAUCAGCUUACAAGUGAAAAACAUAAAGAUGAGAAACCUAUGAAAGAGAUUAUUAUGAGUUCGGUAUCUGAAUUCAACAUCACAGACGCUUCAAAGGAUGCCAAAAAUGAGAGGAAAUUGUCAGAAUCUAGUACAUCAACAUUGGCUUCCCUUGAGAAAUGCAGAAAAUUCAGCUACAUUGAAAACGAUGCAUCCGUUCAUCAGAGGGACAGCGAUGAUGAAUGUGCAACACUUAUCCUGGCCUGCUUGUUCUGCCAAUUUUGGGACUUUCUUAUAAUGCUGCCCAAUACCUGUGAAAACUGGUUGACAAACACAUGCUGCCCAUCCAACAGGUAUUACCAGACCUCCAAUGAAAACCACAGCAACAACGACUGCAAUUGUGACUGUGAUAUUGACUGCAGCAUUUUUGAAUCCUGCCAUGAGACUGGCGAAUGCCUGGAACUCGCCUUGGAGAUUUCUGAAGUUUGUUAUCGCUAAUAGAAAACAAUUGACAGAAUUUCCACAAAACUGUCUGAAGGGAAACAGGCACGGUACAAAGGAUCUAUGAUUUUUCAGCAUUUGCUAACCGGGGUUGUAUGCAUUAUGCUGCAUCCCCUUGGAAAUACAAUAUAACGUUCCCAAAGAAAAUUCUGUUUAUGAUUUCAGAACCUGCAGAAGCCAAUAAGGAAUAAAAACCUGCCUCCUACUUCACAAUACAUGAAAACAAAAUUCUUAAGGACCAAGCGUGCUAAAUGCUUUACCCAGUGUCAAUCUUCCAUUUUUAUAAACCUCUCUUAUUGCAUCCACCGUGGAUUCCCCCAAUCCACAAACAUAGGACAAAUUAGACCAUUCUUUUAGGAUUGAUAUAUAUUAGCUCAUCUUCCUAAUGGAUUCAUACAUAAACAUGUAUUACACAUUGUUGGUUAUUAUUAAUAAUGUAUGAUAUAACAUCAUUUUAUAAUUAAAAAUUUAUUUAUUCAA